AAAAAACAUUUUUUAUGACAUUUUAAAAAUUUUAAUUGAAUAAUUGUACACAUAAAUUAAUUUUAACAAAUUAAAAUUAUGGUUCGCGUUGCUUUAUGCAAUUCUUUACUUUUACUCCUUGCUUUUAUAUGUUUAUUGCCAAGACAAGAAAAUAAUGGAAUCGGACCAAACUUUUUUUUUUACGCAAUUGCUUCACCUGCUUCUGCUUCAAUGCUGACAGGCAGUUUUCGUAAAAUAAAUCAUAAAAAUUCUCUUUUAAAAACAGUUACAAGCUGUAUAAAGUUUGAAAAUAUAAAUUACACAGUCAGUAGAAACUUUCUGAAAGAUCACCGUGUUUUCGCGUCAGUUUCUCAGUCUGACUUUGAUUUAAGGAGAAAUAAAAGUAUGCCAUCUUCUGCAAUGAAGUUUAAAUAUCCAGAAGCACGACGGGACGAUACUGUUGUCGAAAAUUAUCAUGGAGUUGAGGUCGCCGAUCCAUAUCGCUGGCUAGAAGAUCCUGAUUCCGAGGAAACAAAAGCCUUUGUCGAAGCUCAAAAUGCAAUCACGUCUCCUUAUUUAACUUCCUGUUCGGCGAAACCAGCGAUUCACAAUCGUUUAAAACAGAUGUGGGAUUUUCCCAAGUAUUCCUGUCCCGCGAGGCAUGGAAAUAAAUAUUAUUUUUACAAAAAUAAUGGACUACAAAAUCAGAGUGUAUUAUAUGUUCAAGACACUUUAGAUAGUGAACCGAAAGUAUUUCUAGAUCCCAAUACUUUAUGUCCAGAUGGAACUAUUUCCAUUACGCAAACAAAAUUUAGUGAAGAUGGCAAUAUUUUUGCCUAUGGAUUAUCGGAAAGCGGAUCCGAUUGGAAUAAGAUUCAUUUUAUGAACACAAAAACAGGAGAAAAGUAUCCGGAAAUUUUAGAGCAAGUGAAAUAUUCAUCAAUAUCAUGGACUCACGAUAAUGUUGGAAUAUUUUAUGGACGAUAUCCGCAUCAAAAAUCGGCAGACGGAUCCGAAACGGAUUCAAGUCACAAUCAAAAAUUAUUUUAUCAUCGAGUAGGAACACCUCAAUCGGAAGACGUUCUUGUUGUCGAGUUUCCUGAGAAUCCACAAUGGAGAAUAAGCGUUGAAGUCUCGGAUUGUGGCAAAUGGUUAUUUAUUCUGCCAAUGCAAGACUGUAAGGAUAAUUUGAUUUAUUUCACUGAAUUGAAACCUAAUGAAGAAAUUAAGGGAAAAUUCAAUUUGAAACUAAUUGUAAAUAAAAUGGAGGCCGACUAUGAUUAUAUAACAAACGAUGGUACAAAGGCUAUUUUUCGUACAAAUAAAAAUGCACCCAAUUAUAAAUUGAUAGCAAUAGAUUUAUUAAAUUAUGGAGAAGAAAAUUGGACAGUAUUAUUGCCCGAACAUUCUCAUAAUGUUAUCGAUUGGGCUGCGCCUGUACAUAAUGAUAAAAUUGCUGUCUGUUACAUUCAAGAUGUAAAAUCUGUUUUACAAUUGCAUAGUUUAAAAUCCGGGGAAGUAACAAAAACUUUCUCACUUGAUGUUGGCACCAUAUCAGGAUUUUCUGGAGAGAAAAAAUACUCAGAAAUAUUUUAUCAAUUCACAUCGUUUUUAAAUCCGGGAAUAAUCUACACAAUGGAUUUAAAGAAAGAUGAUAAUCCUAAGAUUGUCCGUGAAAUUAAAGUAGAAGGUUUCAAUCCCAGUUUAUAUACAACAAUUCAAGUGUUUUAUACAAGUAAAGAUGGAACGAAAAUUCCUAUGUUUAUAAUAAUGAAGAAGGGAGCAAAAUUGGAUGGUUCUAUGCCAGCAUUGCUUUAUGGAUACGGAGGAUUUAACGUUAGCUUGCUACCUACAUUUACUGUAUCGAGAUUAGUUUUUAUUCAACAUUUGAAUGGAGUUUUUGCAAUACCAAAUAUUCGCGGAGGAGGCGAGUAUGGCGAAAAAUGGCACAAUGAUGGAAAAUUAUUUAAGAAACAAAACUCCUUUGAUGAUUUUCAAAGUGCAGCGGAAUAUUUAAUUGAAAAUGGAUAUACAACGAGUAAAAAACUUUCAAUUCAAGGAGGCAGUAACGGUGGCCUUUUAAUUGGAGCUUGCGUAAAUCAAAGACCAGAUCUUUUUGGCGCAGCAAUUGCUCAAGUUGGAGUAAUGGAUAUGUUACGUUUUCACAAAUUUACCGUUGGAUACGCUUGGGCCUCAGAUUAUGGAAAUUCAGAUGAUCCAAAACAUUUUCAAAAUCUCAUCAAAUUUUCACCACUUCACAAUAUCAAACCACCAAAGGAUAAUCAUCAAUAUCCAGCAGUUUUGGUAUUAUCAGCUGAUCACGAUGAUCGUGUCGUUCCUUUGCAUUCUUUAAAAUAUAUUGCUACUUUACAACACGUAUUUGGAGAACUUCCACAACAAAAAAAUCCUUUAUUAGGAAGAUUUGAAACUAAAGCCGGACAUGGAGGUGGAAAAUCAACUUCCAAAGUGAUUGAGGAAUUAAGCGACAUCUUAACAUUCAUCGUAAAAUCGUUAGGUUUGGAAUUUAAACUUUAGUUUUGAACUUUCAACGUUAUUUCAAAGUAAAAAAAAAAUGCAUUUGUUAUAAUAAAAAAAAAAUGGAUAAAUUAUUAUUAGAGUUGUAGUUUCCGUUGAAAAUUACAAUGAUACGUGAAACAGCUGUUAAAUAGUAUUAUACAAUGUUUUUACUUUAUAAUACAUAAGGAAGUUACCACUC